CUUGAGUACGCAAGUUUGUGAACUGAUUUUUUUGAUGAAUGCUGGUCGCCACAAGGCAUCGAUUCUACAUUAAUUAUGUGCUUUCACAUGAAUCAAUCAUAGUGUGUUUGUUGAGGAGCUGCUUUUGUUCUUAUCCCCAAAAUUAAGUUAGUAAUACCAAUACGCACGGCCUGUUGCUGCUUCGUCUGUACCUCAGUCAUUGCCGCGUGACAAAUUGUGUUGCGGCGACCUCCUGAGGCCUCAAAUAUGCAUCGCGAAGACAUAAACCUGUAAAGUACCGAAAUCAAAACAAAAGUUGACCCGUCAAAAGCUAUAGCAUCCAAAACUAAGAAAAUGGUCGCCGGAGCACGACUCCAGGGGGUGCCUGCUAACACGCAAAGCACCCAGCCGAUGCCACCAGGUAACAAGUAAAUCCUUUAGCUAUGAUACAGCUGCCUCUUUCGAAUUUGCCUGGUCUUACUACCAGGAUCGUGCCUUGCGGAACUGUUUUUCAGCUGCUGAAGACGAUGAAACUGUUUUUGCUUUCUCCAACGGCAAACUGUAUCAACAAAACAGCCUCCUCUCAGCUCUCCGAUGUUUUGGACGAAGGAGCAUUGCGCAAAGUUGUGAAACGGGCCGUUCAGACGGGGGUGUUGUGCCCAAAGACGCUGAACCCACAGCCAAUGCAAAAGUACGACCUGCAGAAACACGGGGUUUUCGAGCUGCCGCAGGGCAUGUUGAGUAAACCCGAGUUUCUUGCAGAGGGCGGCUUUGGAACGGUGGCGCGGGCCCAGGUCCUUCCGGGAGGGAAAAACCCAUCGCUUGCUACCUACGAUUGCGUCGCGGUCAAGCGCAUAAAAAUAACGAAGAGCGCGGACGACUGGGAAGACACAUUGAGGCUGCUCCGCGAGGUACUUUAGUUCAUUCUGCUGCGUAUGGUAUGGGAACGCACCGUAAUUUUACUGAGUAAUUGACGUGAUCAAAAAUGAUUGUCAUCUUACAGAUAGUCAUCAUACAUGGAACUGGAACAAACAAAGGUUCACUUCCUCAAGUACUUGCGACACCCGAACAUCUCCCCGCUUCUGCAUCUCUACACAGAGUACGGAUCGAAGAAAGCACUCUUGUUGUGCCUGACAAGUUCGUCUCAGUUACAGUUCCAGCGAAAGAAAAAAAUGCAUGUGCUGCUCGUUUAAUGCGCUUCCAGCUCACAAAGAUACAUAGAUAUCCCGCUACUGCUGUCUGCACAGCAUAUGAGUUCGGAAUAUUAUGAUUCCACGGCAAAACUGACGAGUAAUACGGACUUGUCAUUGCGCAAAGCAGCUGUUUUUCCAUUUCAUAGACUCGGGACGGAUGCGAGCAAGUUCGACUACGUCUACCUCGUAAUGCCCUGCUACCGGCCUGGCAGUCUCGACGAGUAUUUUGCAUCGGCCUUUCUCUCUUUUUCUUCGCAUAGAAUCUAUGAGGCUUCUAGUGCGCAGAAUUUCUCCUUCAUACAAGGUUCUGCGUCCACCCAAUUUGCAAUGUAGUGGCAAACAUGACAAUUAUCUCUCGCUGUCCCUUCGAUCGCAGGUUUGCAGUGAACGAAAUCUCGAUGGUGCGCCGGAUAUGUGCGGGAAUUCUCCGCGCCUUGGAUUGGAUGCACCAACACGAGGUGCUGCAUCGCGAUGUGAAGCGGGAAAAUAUUUUUUUCGACCGGAACAAGCGGGAAGCAGUAUUAGCCGACAUGGGCAUGGCCCGGAGCAUGGUAAACAAGAUGACCACGAAGCGCGGGGUCGGUACCCGGUGCUACCUGGCGCCGGAAAUGCUUGCGGCCGUCGAGGAUUACGACGCGAAAGUCGACGUCUUCGGCUUGGGAUGCGUGCUGUACUGAAUAUGCUUGAUGUUGCUGAUGAAAAUCAUGGAAGCUUCAAGAUCAUGUUGUAGCUGAUUAAAACUACAUUAAGGAGAGGACAAGAGUGUACUUAAUGAAGUGCUUUAGUCGAACAAAUAUCAUAUGCACGCCGCAGAAAAUCUGCAGUUUCAAAGCACGUCGUCGGAACUGCCAAUUAUUUUUAGGUUUGAACUCGUGGGGCUCUCGCACGAGCACAGUUUGAUUCCCAUGUCCAUUGCGGGUACGCUAGACCAUCGUGCACGGCUUUACGGGCUCGCCGGGAAGGGUUGCAAGGCCGAACCCGAAGUAAUCGAGAAGAGUAAGAAGAAUCAAAAAUGGUGCGAAAACCGGUGGCGGGCCUUGCGAGCGCGCGCGGGAAAUCACGUCGAGGCUAUCUCCGAAAUCGUGCUGCACUCCCUGGCAUACGAUCCGAAGAAGCGAUGGACGGCGGAGCAGCUGCUGCAGCACGAAUGGUAAGAGCAGGAGAAUUCUUUAAAGGUCGCAUCAUCUCCACCAGGAGCAGUUUCAAAUCACAUACCCGUCAACCAAAAUUCGUUUUGUUUCACUUGUUUCAACAGUCGUUGUUGGUGACAUCAUCCCGCAUUUCUUUUUUUCCAGGUUUGGCGAGGAAGAUAGCCAGUGUCCGUCCCAGGUCUCGCAGUCCGAGGUUGAGGAAGAGUACCCAGUUGACGUGAACACGAAAGCCUUUGAAGCCUACGACCUGGCGCUCCGUGAAUUGGAUCAUGACACCGCAAGAUUAUUGAAGAUUCGGUAUAAUGUUGAUGGACUGCUGCUUUCAGCUUUUUGCACUUGUGGACGAGAAUGUGCUGAUACCAAAAAAUUUGUCAAAUCAAAUCACAACAGGGAAUGGAUGCUGGAUCUGGUCGCGGACCGGCCCGUACCACUUCCGAGCGGCAUCAGGAACCCGCUAGAAAAAUCAGUUGCAGCGAAGCAAGUGCACGCGACAGUCAAGAUUUUGGAGGCUGCCCGGAACGGUGCUGCAUCUGCGAGCUCUUGCGCGACGACCACUCCGAGAGGUUCGAGCACACAGCAGGCCAAGAAGCUCCUGCACAAAACCGUCGCACCGAAUCCAGCGAGUUGCUCUUUUCCGUCGAAUACUGUAGUUGCGAGCACAACUUCAACUUCUCAAAUGAUCAAUCCAGAAGAGAACAUGCUGCUUAAUCCCGGCAACGCGUUGACAUCCAAGCAAAAGCAGUACCCACGGCUCUUUGGAGACCAGCAAAGUAACACAGGUGGUUCUUUUGCGAACGCGAGUGCGAACAUCAACAACCUCAAGUCCCCCGCCUGCACCCGGAAUCCGAAUCCGAGUACCGCGACGCGGUGGCCAAGUAGAGCUGCGAAUGCUCCUCCUACUUCGAGCGCAUCCUCUAGCUUCAUCCAUUCCGCACGAACCGCUGCGGCCGCGAAGAAUGUUGACAGUCAGCCCGGCACGACCGCCAUGUUGCAGCAGCGGCUGGCUUUUCAGGACGACGAUUUUUCGCGCACGACAACGGUGAGCAAUUGCCAUCCGAAUUACAAUAUCAACGCAGCAUCGUCCGCGGGAAACAACUUGAAGCGCGGCCGUUUGGAGCUGCACGAGCCCGAGCAGGGGUGUUUGAUGAGUGGAAAAAGACUUGCCACGAACACCAGAGCAGAAGUUGCAUUUACGAAUUCCUGCAGCUUCUUUCCCGCCCAGGACGAUGCGAGCCAAUCCAUAUCUAGCUGCACAACGGCUACUGGCGGAGCGUCCGUUUCACAGUACCCGCCCGCGGCGACGUCGACGCGCACUGCGGGGUUCAUAUUCCCGCCACCAUCUCAGGACACCAUGAAUCCGUUUGGAGCGAACGGCAUGGCAUUGUCUGCUGAUGUAGCAGCGAAGCAGCGAAACAACAAUCCCGGAUUCAAUGCUGCAGGAAGAGCACGCGUCACCAAGGUCGCGCCCGGGUCUGCGCCUAUUGACGAGGCAAUCGCGGUGGCACCGCCAAAGUCGAAGAAGCCGAAAAAGUAG